AUGCUCGGGCAGUUUGAAAAGUCUCUUUACGAUCUCAUCCGGGGGCUACGGAACCAUAAGGGCAAUGAGAAGGAGUAUAUCCAAAAGAGUCUCAAGGAGUGCCGCGCCGAAGUUCGCAGUCAGGAUAUGGAUCUUAAGGCGACGGCGCUUCUGAAGCUCAUCUAUCUGGAAAUGGUUGGACAUGACAUGUCGUGGGCGUCGUUUCAUGUGCUCGAGGUCAUGUCGUCGCCCAAGUACCACCAGAAGCGAGUGGGAUACCUGGGAGCUGUUCAGAGCUUUAGACCUGACACUGAGGUUCUGAUGCUGGCUACUAAUCUGCUGAAGAAGGACCUUGGCACGACGACACCGACUGUUAUAUCUCUCCCCAUCGCGACUCUCCCUCAUGUCAUCACUCCCUCGUUAGCUCUAUCGACUCUGCAAGACCUACUACCGCGAUUGAGCCAUAGCCAUUCGAAUAUCCGUAAGAAGACGCUGGUAACGCUGUAUCGCCUUGCUUUGGUGUACCCCGAAGCUCUCCGAGCGGCAUGGCCCAAGAUUAAAGAACGACUGAUGGACCCUGACGAGGACCCGAGUGUCACGGCGGCUAUCGUUAACGUGGUCUGUGAGCUUGGCUGGCGAAGACCGAAUGACUUCCUUCCUCUGGCUCCCCGGCUCUUUGAGCUCUUGGUUGAUGGUGGUAAUAACUGGAUGGCCAUCAAACUCAUCAAGCUUUUUGCUACUUUGACGCCAUUGGAACCUCGACUUGUGAAAAAGCUCCUACCUCCCUUGACAAAUAUCAUCAGGACUACGCCUGCUAUGUCAUUACUUUACGAGUGCAUCAACGGAAUCAUUCAAGGUGGCAUCUUGGGUAACGCCGACGAUUCUGGCACUGACGAGAUCGCUACGCUAUGUGUUAACAAGUUGCGAGGCAUGGUCAUGAUAGAUGGUGAUCCUAAUCUCAAAUACGUUGCUCUGCUAGCGUUCAACAAGAUCGUUACAACACAUCCUUAUCUAGUAUCACAGCAGGAGGAUGUGAUUUUGGAGUGUAUUGACAGUCCCGACAUCACUAUCCGAAUACAAGCUCUUGACCUAGUACAGGGCAUGGUGACCGGCGACAAUCUGAUGUCAAUUGUCAGUCGCCUCAUGAAGCAGCUCAAGCUAUCUAUGCCCAGCCGGGAUAAGUCCCAACCUGGAACUCCUCCCAAUGGCCUUGAUGAAUCCGAGGAUGAGUUCGCCGAGCCGGCCCCAAAGCCCAAGGCCGAGUCAAUCCCUUUGCCCGACGACUAUCGAAUCGACGUCAUUGGAAGGAUUCUAGGCAUGUGCUCAAAGGACAACUACUCGAGUGUAUUGGAUUUUGACUGGUACAUCGACGUUCUUACACAACUUGUCCGCAUGGCACCAGCGUCUCGCAAGGUCGACGACGAUUUGGGCCCAACGGAUAAAGCGAGGGCCAACGUCUCAGAAAGGAUUGGUGAUGAGCUGCGUAAUGUUGCUGUCAAGGUCCGGGUGAUGAGAUCAACAGCUGUGAGAGCGGCAGAGAUUAUCCUCAGCCAACUCAAUACCGAUACACCACCAGGAUACAGUAUCACUUCAGGUGCACUAAAAUCAGUAGCUUGGAUCAUGGGUGAAUAUGCAUCACAACUCGCUGUUGCGGACGAAGGCCUCAAUGGCUUGUUGCAGCUUCUACCCCGAACAAAUAACCCUGAGGUUUUGACGACCACUCUUCAAGCCGUCACCAAAGUGUUUGCGACUAUUGUUGGAGAUGAGAGCGAGCCGUGGACAGCAGAGAGGAAGUCAAGGGUGUCACUUCUCAUGGCACGCAUUAUCCACGUUUUUGAGCCUCUCGCUUUGCAUCCCAGUCUUGAGGUGCAGGAGCGAGCAGUCGAGUUCACAGAGCUGUUGAAGCUAACAGCUGAGGCUGCUUCGUCUCAGCCGGCAUCGACAGAUGAUGUUGACCAAGACCCGCCGUUACUUUUAACCCAGGCAAUCCCCUCGUUGUUCAAUGGUUGGGAACUCAACUCGGUAUCCAAGGGUGCUCAACUAAACGUUCCAGUGCCAUCAGGUCUUGACCUGGAUGAGCCCAUCCAUGCAAACUUAACCAAAUUGUUAUCGGAAGCCGACUCCAUCACAUUGGCGACCGAUGAGUCGGAUGAGUUUGAGACAUACUAUCACCAGAAACCCCCACCUACCAGCAUCGACUCAUCUGCACCCGCGAUUAGCAGGAUAUCGGAACCCAAAGAGGAUUACGUGAGCUCCUACCAACAAGCCGACGAAGAGACAUACUUAGAUGCGGAUAUCGUUGCUCGGAGGAAGGCAGAACGUGUUGAACGCAACAGAGAUGACCCCUUUUAUAUCCCCAGCAACGACACGCCUCGAACCUCGACACCCAUCCAUAACAUUCUUCAGAGUAGCAACGGCCCCGAUUUGGACAUCGACUCUAUACCUAUCAUGCAAUUAGAUCUAUCAAGAGCCGGGACACCUGCUGCACAGCCCCCUCGACCACAACCAAAACCACGACAAAAGGUUGUUAUCGCAGCGGACGAAACCCUCGAAGGCAGUGCAAGUGGGGGCCUUCGAUCGUAUGAUUCGGAGAAUAACUCGGACAGCUUCUCAAAGGCCAAGGCGCUCAAGCCCAAGACAAAGCAGGGCUUGCUCGGUGUGGACUCGAGCAGCAUUGGCACUUUCAGUCUAGAGGGCCAACCAUCGACCGGCUUCGAUUAUGAGCAGCAACAGCGCGAGGAUGUCGAGAUGCAACAAGCUAUGAAAGAAGUCGAGCGACUCCGUCUCGAAAUGCAGCGUGCAAAUGAACGUAUUCACGUAGCACAAGGGGUUGACGUUGAAGGCACCGUUGUCAAGAAGAAAAAGAAGAAGCCAAAGAAAGAUGCCAUCACCGAAGGAGCAGAGGGCGAAGAGGUUAAGCCCAAGAAAAAGAAGAAGAAGACGCCCCGUGCUGCAGUAUUGGACGAGGGUGGGGAUGAUAGUAGUGCUCGCGGUGUCGAGUCCCCUGCGUCUGGUGGCGAUGUAGCUGUGACAAAGAAGAAAAAGAAGAAGAAGGUGCCGCGCGCUGCCGAGAUCCAAGAUGAGUAG